AUGACGGAAAGCGGUAAUGGAAUUGUUAAUACGAGGCAACCGAAGUUGUUUCUCGAUGUUCCGGAUAUGACUUCUGAAGCAAAGAAAACGUACGCUGAGCUGGAUGUAUGUACGUAUACGCCUAAAAACUUGGGUGAUUCUAAGCAUGAGUUUAUGGAAUGUGACUGUUUUGAGGAAUUUCGGGACGGUUUAAACCAUGCGUGCGGUGAGGAUUCUGAUUGUAUAAAUAGAGCCACUUUAAUUGAGUGUGUGAACGGUCUUUGCAAACACUCGUGCGGUACUGACUGUCAGAACCAAAGAUUCCAGAAGAAAGCGUAUGCAGAUAUAUCUGUUUUCAAGACGGAGCGGAAAGGUUUCGGCGUCCGUGCCAAUUCUGAUAUUGAACCACACAACUUUAUUUAUGAAUAUAUUGGAGAAGUAAUACAGGAGGAAGAGUUUCGUAACCGGAUGGUGAAAUAUGACCAAAUGGGAUUUAAGCACUUCUACUUUAUGAUGUUGCAGACCGGACAGUUCAUUGAUGCUACGCUAAAGGGGUGUAUUGCCAGAUUCUGCAACCAUUCUUGUAAUCCUAAUGCAUACGUUAAUAAAUGGGUAGUUAACGGGAAAUUAAAGAUGGGUAUUUUUGCCAACAGACACAUCAGCAAGGGAGAAGAAGUGACGUUUGAUUACAACGUUGAUAGGUACGGUGCCAAUGCACAGCCAUGUUACUGCGAGGAACCAAACUGUAUUGGAUUCCUUGGUGGUAAGACUCAAACUGACGCGGCAUCGCUAUUGCCUCAAAGUUUUGCAGAUGCCUUAGGUAUAAGGCCGUCCAUGGAGAAAAAAUGGAUCAAUAUGAUGAAGGCCAAGGGUGAGAAAAUAGCUAAAAGUGACACCACAACGGUUAACGUCGACUUCGUUAAUUCUUUAUCACUAGAACCCUGUACGAAGACUGAAGAUGUUAAUCGUGUGAUGAGUGUAUUAUUACAGAUAGAUGACGCCUUCAUUGCAGAAAAGCUACUUGAAAGGAUCACUUUGACUGAAGAUGAAGCAAUGCAUUAUCAGUUCAUCAAAUUGCAUGGUUACUUGAUCUUUAGUAGACUUAUCACAAUGUUUGAAGAUAAGCCAGACAUUAUAUGGAAGAUUUUAAACUUCUUGUUAGUUUUACCCAAGACAACUAAAAAUGGUAUAAUUCAUUCUGGAAUUGAUAAGAAGGUCGAACAAUUAAAGAAUACUCCUAAAUUUGAAGUGAUAUGUGAAGAUCUAUUAGAGAAAUGGUCCAAAUAUGAAACUUACACCAGAAUCUCCAAGAAAGAUAUUUCAGAAAAUAGCAAAGUUAUAGAUUUACGGCGGAUACGUUUACCUAUCGGUUGGGAAAUCAUUCAUGAGAAUGGCAGACCAGUGUAUUAUAAUGCUCAAAGGCAGAUCAAACAAGCCAAUCCUCCAACUGAUUCUGCUUAUAGAUCGAACUCAAGCCAUAACCUUUCUGGAGUUUCUGAUCCUAAAUCGAGAUCAGCAACACCUUCUUCAAAUACCAGUCGGUAUAGUGGGUCUGUUAAGUACAUACCCACGCCUACUUAUGGCCAGAUGCAGCAGAAAAGAACGCUAUCUCCAGAAGAAUACGAGAAAAGGAAAAAAUCGAGAAUCGAGUGGGAACAAAAGGAGUUAGAACUAAGGAAAUUAAUGGAGCAAGAGACUUUAAAAGCAAAAUUGGAUCAAGAAACCCAAAAGAAGAGCGAAUUGGAGAGAAUCAUCGAGGAGGCCAAUAAACAGAAAGAACUUGAAAGGCUUCAGAAAUUGAAACAGCAACAAGAGGAUGAAGAAAGGAAAAAAGUAAAGAAACAAGCUAGUCAUGUCAAUGCUAUCGAAAAUAAAUGGGUCAAGUUCUUCGCUCAACAUGUUCCAAACUUAAUUAAAAAUUACCAAAAGGACGUGGGCAAAGAUGUUCUCAAGGAAUCUGCUAGAAACAUUGUCAAGUCUCUUGCCCAAAAGGAAUUGAAGAAAGACAGUUCUAGAUCACCACCUGAAGAACUCUCUAAAGAGAAAAGAGCUAAAGUUAAAACGUUUUCGAUGCAGUAUAUGGAUCGAUUGGUUGCCAAGAUGAAAGAAAAGAAAGAGAAGAAACGUUGA